CUUCUUCCUCUCCUUCUCCAGCCAUCGCAGCGACAAAAACCAUAACGGAAGGCUCAGAUACAGAGAGAGAGAGAGCGCGCGCAGGAAGAUACCGUUAGAAGCUGAAGCAAGCAAUGCGAGUUCGGUGCUGAAGCCUCCAUAGCCUGAUUGCUUCUGUGAUCGAAUCAUGCAGGGAGCUUCAUCGGGCGUAGGCUAUGGCCUCAAGUACCAGGCAAGGUGCAUCUCCGAUGUGAGAGCCGACACAGAUCACACCAGCUUCCUCACCGGUACUCUCAGUCUUAAAGAAGAAAACGAGGUGCAUUUGAUCCGUCUCUCAUCAGGUGGAACGGAGCUCGUAUGCGAGGGGCUGUUCUCGCAUCCGAACGAGAUCUGGGACCUGCGCUCGUGUCCCUUCGACCAGCGCAUCUUCUCGACCGUCUACUCUUCCGGUGAAUCGUUUGGAGCAGCAGUGUGGCAGAUCCCUGAGCUUUAUGGGCAACUAAAUUCUCCUCAGUUGGAAAAGAUUGCCUCUCUUGAUUCACUUGUGGGCAAGAUUAAUUGUGUACUUUGGUGGCCUUCUGGAAAGCAUGAAAAGUUGAUCAGCAUUGACCAGGAAAAUAUUUUCUCGUGGAACUUAGAUUGUUCCAAAAAAGUAUCUCAGGUCCAGUCGCAGGAGUCCGCUGGUAUGCUGCAUUAUCUAUCCGGUGGAGCAUGGGAUCCACAUGAUGUAAACGCUGUUGCAGCAACCUGUGAAUCAUCAGUUCAGUUUUGGGACCUGAGGACAAUGAAGAAGACCAACUCGAUUGAAUGUACCCAUGUCCAUGAUCUUGAAUAUGACACGAGGAAGAAGCAUAUACUUGUGACAGCAGAGGAUGAAUCUGGAAUACAUAUAUGGGAUCUUAGGAUGCCAAAAGUUCCCAUCCAAGAGCUCCCUGGACAUGCGCAUUGGACAUGGACUGUUAGGUGUAAUCCUGAGUAUGAUGGAUUGAUUCUGAGUGCUGGCACAGACUCUACUGUCAACUUGUGGUUGUCUUCCUCUAGCAGUGAGGAUGGGAUGGUCGAAUCACCUACUAAGCGGUUUAAUCCUUUACUCAAUACGUACACUGACUACGAAGAUUGUGUUUACAGUGUAGCAUGGAGUACACGUGAACCGUGGAUUUUUGCAUCAUUAUCUUAUGAUGGAAGGGUUGUCGUUGAAUCAGUGAAGCCAUAUCUAUCCAAGAAGUGAAUUGAUUGUGUGAUGGAUGCGAGGCUGUGCCCUGUUCUUCUGGUGGAAAAGAUUUCACUUUCUGCUGAGUUCUUGUUCCCUUGGUUUGUCCUCGUAAUCUCACCUCAUUGCUGUAAGUCAUUAAUCAGGAGAUUCAAGACCAUGAAGCAUUGAAUUGGUCCCCCCAAAUUCCAUAACGAGGUAAAAUUUUUGUUUGCAUUAGCUGCUUUGCUAAAUGCAUUGUUUUUUCUUUGGCACCGGCUUGUUGUAAAGUGGAACAACAGACUACUUCAAAUAUCAUACUGGUUUUCCAACAGUAUGUCAUCGCGGUACAGUGAUUGUCUGAAACCAUUCUUGUUGCUGCUGAUAGUGAUGGAUUGGCAUUCGGCUGGUGUUUUAUGUUGA